UUGAAGGCGUCAAAUGGUACAGACAACAAGGAAGAAAAAGAGAAGAGUAACGAACAAACGAAAACAGAAGGCGAUGGAAAGGAAAAAGAAGGAAAGCUACCGGAAAGACCACCAGUGGAUCUGUUCAGAGCGAUUUUCGCUGAUAGUGACGAUGAUGAUAUCGAAGAUGUAGGAGAGGAUGCGAGUGAUAAGGAGAGGGACACUGAUAAAAAUAAGAACGAAUCUGGAGGAUUGAAACAGUAUGGGCCGUCUCUAGACAGUGAACGACUGAAUGGAGAAGUGAAUGAGAGAAGUGUUGGAAGCUUGAAUGAGAGUAGCAAGGUGGAGGAUAAUUUGAAACAAAAAUUUGUGACCGUUAUGGACAUCGUUGACUCAGAUGAUGAGGAGUUCGGUCCUGCCCCACCUCCAGCCUCUUCAGUUGCAAAGCCUCAACCAGCACUUCCGGCUGUCUCGGUGAUUCAACAGAAUCGUGAGCAUGAAAGAAAAAAGAAGAAACACCACAGAAAAGAGGAAAAGAAACGUAAAAAAGAUCGGAAAAGAAAGAAAAGUGCUGAGCACCAUUCCCAUAAAAAACAUUCGAAACAUCGUAAACACAAACGAAGCACUACGGAUACGGAUGAUGGAUCGAGCAGUGUCGUAUCAACCGAUUGA